UUGACAGUGGCGGAGGUUUGGUUGCGGCGUGAGGGGCUGCGCUACUUGAUUGUGUGAGUGUAUCGAGUGUGAAGCAGAUACAAAGUAGCACUUGGUGAUUCCGGAGCUGGCAGAGCAGUGAGAGACAGACAGACAGAGAGAGAGACAGACAGACAGAACCACGGGGACCGGUCGGGCUAACACUCCCCUGAUUAUGGUUUCUCACAACUGAGAGACAGAUACCCAGCUCCCUGCCCUCACCCAGGAACCAGCCAGCAACACUCAAGUCAGCGAAGGCUCCUCUCCCAACCCCGGGGGGCGCCUGGCUGCCUUUAUUUAACCCCGUUUCCAAAUUUUUUUUUAAUUUAUUUCCCCUUCCCUCUUCAAAUAUUAAAUGUACAACUUGAUGGGUCUGAACAGCACAGCCGCAACGAAUCAGCCCAAUGUCUCCUGCACAUGCAACUGCAAACGCUCUUUGUUCCACAGUAUGGAGAUCACCGAGUUGGAGUUUGUCCAGAUCAUUGUGAUAGUGGUGGUGAUGAUUGUGAUGGUCGUGGUGAUUACCUGCCUGCUUAACCACUACAAGCUCUCCACACGGUCUUUAAUAAACAGGCAGAGCCACAUCAGGAGGCAAGAAGAUACAUUACAGUCGCAGCAGAUCUACACACCCAGGUCGACAGACAGAUUGACGGUCCCGUCUUUCCUACAGCGAGAUCGGUUUAGUCGUUUCCAGCCCACUUACCCAUACCUGCAGCAUGAGAUUGACCUGCCCCCCACCAUCUCUCUGUCAGACGGUGAGGAACCCCCUCCGUACCAGGGGCCGUGUACCCUCCAGCUCCGUGACCCCGAGCAGCAGAUGGAACUGAACCGUGAGUCGGUCCGAGCACCCCCGAACAGGACUAUCUUUGACAGCGACCUGAUAGACACAUCCAUUUACAACAGUGGGCCCUGCCCGCCCAGCAGUAACUCUGGCAUCAGCGCUACCAGCUACAGCAAUAAUGGCCGAAUGGAAGGACCCCCGCCCACUUACAAUGAAGUCAUAGGUCACUACCCUGGAUCAACCUUUUUCCAGCACCAGCAGAACCAUGGCGUCCUUUCUGUGAUGGGAGGCAACAGACUGCAGCAUCCUCAGAACCAUGGCCUUGAGAGUACAGUUAUCCGGAACAGCAAAGACAAAAAGACCGGGCAUCCGUUCUGAGACCCACUCUGUGCACUUCAACUCAAACCAGGGGGCCCAGGUGAGCGGGGAGUGGGAGAGCAUUGUCAGCCGCACUUGCUCCUCCUUCCUCCCCUGCUCCCCCCACCCACCCCCUUCCAAUUGUAUAAAGUUAAUACUUAGCUAUAUCACAUCUGAAUUGAACAUCAAGCAUAAGGCUUCAGGUAGUUCUACUGAGCUACAUUAGAUAAGGAAGUUCCAAAUCUCUGUGUUACUUUAAAAAGAGACCUUAGUUUAAGCAAUGUAUGUAAAAUGCUGUCUUUAAUUAUCUCACUUAACUUUAAAGAAACAUUUGCACAAAAUUUUAUGUUUGAAGAACCUGCAAUAUGUCAAAUGAGAAAACUGCAUGUGGAGGCAGGAGUAUUUUUGUAAUAGAAAUGGCCUAUACGAAAAUGACUUUUUUUGUUUCGUUCCUAGAGGAGAGAAUUGGCAAUUUUUGGAGUGCCAUCUCAGUGUGUCUCUAAACAUUUCUGUAUAUUAAAAAAGGGGGUUUGGAGUUAUUUAUGAACACUUUUGAAACAUUGCACUAUUUUGUAAUAUGAGUAACAAGCAGACACUUAUAAUAGUGAUGGCCUCCAGUGUCUGCCACAGAUGUAUGAACAAGCAAAGACGCUCUUGAUUAUAGAAGUGCUGAGCUACACAGAUAAAGUCCUACAGGCCCCAGAUCCAUUGGGAAAAGAAACUGCAAUGGUUUUCUGAAAAAAAUAGAGCAAAGCUAAAGGGUUAUGACAUUCAGAAGAAAUUGUGCUUUAAGAUUAGAAAAUGGGAGUUGCAAGGAAUCUCAUCUGCUCUUCCUUGUGACUCUUUGUGACAUGAUGGACCCAAUACUGUGAAUCCAGCUUGCAGGACAUCUUCGGAAAAAUCAUCAGGAUAGAAAAUAGUCAUGGAAAAGAUAACCAAAGACACAGUCCUCUUUAUACCCAGUGUGGGGUAAUAAAAUAUGAUUUGUGACAAUUUUGGUACCUUUUAGCAUGUCUGGAAACAAAAGUAUAGUAACUUUUAUUAAGAGACCGUUCCUUUUAAUGUCAACACUGGUCCCAUUUUUGAAUUGUUUCAAGUAAAUGUGAUGGUGUUAAUUGGAUGCAAAUCAAGUUUGGAAAAUACUGUAUGCUUUGGGAGUCAGGAUAGGGGUCCAGGACAAGAAUGAUGAUUUUGCAUAUUGUGACUUGGAUAUGGGUUUGGAUGUGUGAAUGAAGUCACUGGUAAUGCAAGGUGCACUUUUCCCUCCCUAAACCAAUUAUUGAGAUGUAGUUUGGGCAGUGUGAAGUUGGCUCACGCUUCAGAAAGGACUGUUAUUCUCUCUCUUUCCCAACUAUAAGUACAAAAUUCCCAAAUGGGAAUAGAAGAACAAAGUACAGCUAUUAUAUUGGGAAAGGGAGGAUUAGACACAGAGGCUUGGAUGAUCACUUCAAAUAGGAAAGUUCAGUUGGCAUUUUGAUCACUUCCAUUUGAAGUCAUAAUGGCUGAUAUACCAACUUUGCUUUUUCUGCAUGCAAGUUUGAAGUUUGGUAUGUAAAUACCCACAUUUAUACAUCUGCCCGUUUGCUCAAGGUAGCCCAAUGAUUUGAAGAUGGACAGGAGUUGAGGGUUCUAUCCAGUCUGACUGACUGAAGAUUGGUGAUUAGUUAAAAUGUACUUUUCCUUACCUCUCGAUUAUGCUCCUCCAGUGGGGAAUGAUGUACUCAAACAACCGCAGUUCUCAAUUGCAUCAUUGUGUCCAUUCCCUGACCAAGCCAUUAGCCCACUAUCACUGGCAGCUCCAAAGAUGUAUAUCCCCAGUUUCACACUUUCAGUAACUCAUGUGAACCUCAAGAUGGCAUCUACUUUCCAAUUUAUUAUAUUAUUGGCCAAAUAGUAUUGAAGCUUUAAAAAGGUGUCUAUGAGCUAGAUCCCUCUUUUUUUGGUUUUUUAUGCCAGUAUCAGGUUUGGUGCUCCACUCGGGUUUGUCAUAACAGAAGAAAUCUCUAGAGAGAAUCCAUCGGAAAUGGACCCCACAGACUUAUCACAGGGCAUGGAGAACGGCAGAGGCGCUGAUUCAUUUUAGAGCAAAUGUGUUAAUGGAACCGUUCAAUCAGCUGGUGAUGAUGACAGAUCUUAUACAAAUCAUGCGUGGUACCUUGCUUACACUACUUUUGGAGGGAGAUUUUUCAGACGUGUCUUUAAUUCUGCCUUUGGUAUAUCGGGCACUGUUAAAUAUUCUCUUGUUGUCCAUAUUAAUCAGAGUCUAAAGGGUGAUAACAUGGUCCUGUAACCUUUUUGUUUGCACGCAUCAGACUGUUGCUGCCCUUGCCUGGUUUUCAGAUUUGUCAGUUCAUGGUCUUGGCUGCCAAGACCGAGUGUCAUCUAAAAUGUAAGAAUGAGCUGACAUGCAAUUCCCACAAGGGAUGUGAACCAGUCUUGAGCACCAGUCUAGAGAUCACUGCCUGUUCCUUCAUUUUCCUGGGAUAAGGAAAGUUGCAAUCUCCCUUUUGCUUAAAGACCUUAUUGACAAGUUAUUUUCCACUGGACAAGUACUCAAAUUCUCAAGCAGGGUAGCUCCCCACUAUUCGCCAGGUAGGCAACCUGGGUAACUCUACUCUUCCACAGCUUACUAGAUAUUAUUCUUGACUUCUGAUUUCUGAUGGAAAAGAUAGGUUAAUGUUGACUUAAGAGUCUGGGUAGACGUUAAUUGACUUGUUAAUGGGCCAUUUGCUAGGGGAUUGAUCAGUUUUUUUUUCUUCCAGUUCCUGCUUUAUUGCUGCAUGACAGAGAAACAUACACUGUGCAAUUUAGCUCUACAGCUACCAUUGUUUCAGACUGCACUACGUUGUACCUUUUAACCUAUGGGCUGCCAGAAUUUCCCACACAUUAGUUUUAACGACAAAUGUUGUCUUGAAGUGUAGGACUGUGGAGAGUGGGCUGAAGGCUGAGAAUUUCACUGUUUCCGCUCUUUGGAAUUUGCUUUCUCUGAAAUUGCUUCAUGGCCCCGACCACUCUAUUGCUAUUUGACGUUUGUCAUUUCGGCACAGUGAGGUGCUGAUUACUGAAGAUUCUUCACAAGUUGCUACGUGUUUGAGACAGUGUGUUUGUUGCUCUUAAGAUGGGUCUAUUAAGAGUUUUGCAGGCUGGGAGAGGAAUCGUCCAUGUGCAAUUCAGAAGGGGAGAGAGAACAGAGUGACCUUUAUCUUAAGAAUUCCACUUUACAUUAACACUCCUGGGUUCCACAAGUUUUGUCUCUUGUUAAAAGUGCUGCUUUGUUCAAUUAACCUCCCCUACCCACCACCCCCCAUCUUUAUUUCCUCUUACACCCUCACUGCCAUCCCCUGCAACUAUCUCUCUCUCUCUUUGGUGCUGUGUAUAGCUUGAAUAUAUUCACACAUCCUCCCCAGUGGUGAAAGAAGAAUUUGUAUUAUGGAUAUUGCAUGUAGUUUAAAAAUAGUAUUAACCAAAUGAAUGGAAUCUGUGAAACCUAACUUGCACCACCAUUGCAUGAUGUUACAGUCGAGUUCUGUUCAGUCUAAAGUCAAGAAUGGAUUAAAGAGGACCCAUGUAAGGUAUUAUUACUUUGACAGGUUUAUUUCCUAUAUUGGUUUUACAAUAAACAGCUAAGCACUGUAAAAGACAAGAGUUGCAACUCCUGCACUUUGUAACUGUGAUUUUUCAGAGCUUGGAAUGAUGCUGGUUUUAUUACAUCAGAAAUGUUUCUUAAUUAAAAGGAGUGGUUAGAGAAGUGAGAUUGGGAUGAUGAAUGGAAACCACUGGUGAGGAAUCCAGCUGCUGCCUGUAGUACCAGUCUGCCCUAUUGUCCAGUUUGAGAGUGGCUGAUGACCAUAACCUGACCUUGUUAAAAGCCAAAUAGUCCACUGUCUUACCACAAAUGGAAUGGUUUGUUUUGUAGGAGUGUGAUAUAUUUAGAAAAAUGCACUGAAAAAACUUUUCCUUCCCCUAAAAGCUCACCCUCUGAAUCAAUGAACAGCAAUAGCUGAAAAUGCAGUAUUCGAACAGUCAGUAUUGAACCCUGUUGAAUGCCCAUGUGUAUGUAAUAGCAGCCAACUUCCCUUCCAUAAGCUUCGACCGGAAGUUUAAAAUAAACUGUACCAUAGAGUGACAGGGAAGACUAAACCCCUUGCAUCAGACUGGGCCCUGCCCCCAGCAGGAGAGCUGCUCGAAAUCUUCUUGAAAACUUUAGAAGGGCUGCUGUUUAAAAUCUGAAUAGCACAUUUACAAUGUCAUCUUCUCACGUUAACUGUUAGCUGUUCAGAAGCAAAAUAGACAGAGAUGGGGGGUUUCUUUCGAAUAGCACGCUAAAAGAAUUUUGAUUUUCCUUUCACUUCCACACCCCGUACUCGGUUCCAAUCAAAUUGAACAAAAUCUGCUGCAGGCGUUUGUCAAAAUAUCUCUCUUGACUAUAAAAAGCAGCGGAGCUCGGCCAUUUCUCCGCAUUCAACUUGACUGAGCAGCUCUUCGUUCAACCUUCUGCCCGAGUUGAAAUGAGGGAGUAAAGAGCGAUUCCUCUCAGUCCUUUCACACUGCUGUCCCCGGCAGUGAAAGAGGCAGCGCUGCAUUGGUGAAGGCAAGUCCCUGUUUCGGGUGAGUAUGGCCAGCUCAGAAAGGGAACUGGAGGCAACGCAGUAUGGAGCUAGAGGAACACAACAGGUCAUCAGAGGAGCACCCCUCUGAAGGGUCCAGACCCGAAACAUCAACUUUCCUGCUCCUCAGAUACUGCCUGGCCUGCUGUGUUCUUCCAGCUCCACACUGCUGUCUUUGACUCCAACAUCGGCAGUUCUUGCUAUCUCCCUGGAAACUGGAGGCGUUCGCCCUUGUCUUCUGCCUGCGGUCCCCUACUCUCAGCACAAUGUCUGUCUCCUUUCUAUUCCUCUUUAGGUGCUUGACUUUUGUUUAAUGAUCUGAUUUAGAUCCCAGUGCAAAACUUGCUCGUGGAUUUCUAAAUUCUCCUUCUAGCCUUUUGGCUCAAUUUACAACCGACUACCCGACACAAUAUUAUAAUAUGUAAUACAUUUCCAGGUAAUCAAUCCUUUUAUUUGGUGCGGUUGGGGAACAAAAAAGUCCAUCCAACCUUUCACUCGGCAGCUCCGAGGAUUCUUGGCAGUAAACUGUUGCUGAGGUUUUAGCUCAUCUUUUGGGAGGAUUUGCAGUUUGCGACCUGAAUUUGCUGUGUGGCUCGGGGGUGAAGUUUUAGACGGAGUUUUUUUACCCAAGCAGUAAGUCUGAUCUCCAAGAUUCCCCACCCUCUGGAUUUUAACUCCUCGUCAGCUUUUUUUUUAAAGUUGAGAUGUUUUAUAAAGGAAUACUAGGGAGAAAAAUUCCGUUGGGUUUGGAAGGUUGUUCUGGCUUUAUUUUUAAAACUAAGCUUUUCUACAAGGACUCUGCUUAGAACCGCGGGGUUUAAACUUUGUGUGACGCGUACAAUACUUUUCAAGGCAGUAAAAAAGAAACUUUUUUCUCUCAUUGAAGUAACUGUGGACUCUGCUGAUUUACAAAGAGAUCCCCUAAGUACAAACUUAUUGUGUACGUGACUACUGGUGUUUAUUUUCAAAAAUAAAAGGCAAUCUCUCUUGUCACUAGGGUUUGAGUUACCAUGAAGAGAAGGAUAUUUCACGAGCGAAGCCCCCUUUUCUCUGAAUAAAGGUGGGGAUUCUGUGUUUCUUCCCCCCCCCCCCCAAAAAAAAGUUAUAAAAUACCCGGAGCUUAUUCAAUAUGUACAGUUUCUGCUGGGAAUCUCGGGUUAUCUCUGGAGGGAGUAGGCCAGGCUGGUCACAGGGACUCGUUUUAGACGUAACUUGAGGGACACUUCAAAAGUACUGGCUUCUUCAGAGUGCUUUAGUGCGCCUCUGUGCAAGAAUUCCUGGUGGCAACACUGACUUUUAUAUAUAUAUAUAUAUAUCUAUAUAUAUAAAUGAGAGCGAAAUCAUUCCUAUCAUUGCAUUGUUGCAUUCGUGUAUUUGGUGCCCGUUAAACCUGCCUCUUUCUGUAAACUAUUAGUGGUAUUAGAAUUGAUUUUAUAUACCCUCUGUGUCCUCCCCACCCCUCCCUCCCUUACAUCACCAACCCACUACCACCCGGCUAUUUUAUGCAUUAACGCAUUUGCAGCGUGUUCGAAGUGAUGAGAUUAAUCACAAUUAUUUUUAUUUUAUUUUGUUUUCAGACGCUUGUGGUCGACUUUGCAGCGAUCACAUUUGAAACAACAAAUUUAAAAAAAAACAAAACAGUUUUAAAAAAAAGAAAAAUAAAUGAGAUAUAAACAUA